UUUUGAUUCCCUCUGCGCCUCCUCCCAAGGCGUUGUCAGACUCACUUGAAACGUCGAUCCAAUCUCCCUUUGGCUUUACUUCUUCGCCCGUCCCGCGAUGUGCACUGCCCCCCGUCAUGACUUUUCCACUCAAGAAUGCUGGGGCGAGACCCUUGCAUUAUUGCGGUGGGUCUCCGAAGAUCGUGGCUGCCUAUCGGUCCGAGAACCACGGAAAGCAAUCAAGCUUUGGGGCAUCUCAAGCAGGCAACGUCAAUUACCCAGAGUCUUUUGGCGGCUCCUUAUUUCUUCCUCUCGGCUAAGAGCCACCGCAAUGCUUCGAAAUUACAUCAUAUCUCUAGCCUGGCUGUUGGGCAUGGUGCAAGCGGCACCCUCGGAAAACUCCAAACUCCAUCACCCUCCUAACGUGUUUUCAAAAACAGAUAAAUAUCCUUUUCCAAAUCAAGGCCACAUCCACGCUCAUGACCCUAAUAUCGUGCAGCACGACAAUAAAUUCUACCUGUUCAAAGGAGGGAUCCAAGUCCCCAUAUUCAAAUCAUCCAGUCUGUCAGGGCCCUGGACGAAGGUUGGCACAGUCCUAGACGGCCCCUCGGUCAUCGACAAACAAAACCGCACGCGCCCCUGGGCUCCAACGACUGUGGAAUGGAAAGGGAAGUUUUACUGUUUCUAUACUAUCAGCCAAGACGGAGUUCGCAAUAGCGCUAUCGGCGUUGCAAGUACAGACUCGAUCGAAAGUGGCUGGACAGACCAUGGAGGCCUGAUCUACACGGAAAAAGGGCCUUUGGCCCAUGUCUGGCCAUAUACUGUGUCCAAUGCCAUUGAUGCCUCCUUCAUAGCAGACCAACAGACCGGACAGCCGUACCUGCAAUUCGGAAGCUACUGGCAUGGUAUUUUCCAAGUGCCCUUGGCCGAUGACUUGCUGUCUGUCAAGAACCCUGAGCAUCCAGCCGCGAAGAAUUUGGUACAUUUACCAGAUGGGAAUCCGAAGCCGGAUGAAGGGUCCUUUAUGAGCUAUAAGGAGCCCUAUUAUUAUUUGUGGUUCAGUCAUGGAAAAUGCUGUCAGUUUAACAAAGGUUUCCCAACUAUGGGGCAGGAGUACAGUAUCCGUGUUGGAAGGUCAAAGGAUGUGCGAGGCCCGUUUGUGGACAAGCAGGGAAAGGAACUGACAGAGGGCGGCGGCAACACUGUCUAUGACUCGAACCAUGGAAUCGUCUAUGCUCCCGGUGGACUCGGUGUGCUGCCUGCCAAUACCACGGAUCCAGACGUUCUAUAUUACCAUUACCUUAACACAAGUGUCGGAUUCUCGCAUGGCGAUGCCCUUCUGGGUUGGAACUAUCUCGACUACGAGGAUGGCUGGCCUGUCGCAAGAGGAACGGAGAACUUCGCAGCUACUGUUCGGCCUAACUACUCCUUCAUCGUGGCCGCCAUAUUGUGUAUGUGUUGCUUGGCUCUGAUUCUACUUCCAGUUCGCUUUACUGGUCAAAGGCUCAUGCUACCCUUUAUAUUACUAGUCGCGACAGGCUUUCUAUGGCUCCACGGGUGAUAUUGCGUUGGAUUUGGAUGGUUGUCUGAGUUUUUAUGAUACCCUUUUCAUGUACCAAAAUCAGUUAUUUCGAUUGAGAUGCACAGGUGUGUGUAAGAUGUGGUUGGGCUCAUGU